AUGGCUGCACCAGCCGCAAAAGAGCUCCCGCUCGACCCCAAGUACGACGACUACGACUACCCCACCACUGCACCCACGCCCCAGAGCGGCCACCCCGGCCACACCACGCCAGAACAGGAUGCGCAGGUUCACCAGCUCAGGGCCAUGCUAGAGCAAGCUGGCUACACCAAGAACUUGGACACUUUGACGCUGCUGCGGUUUUUGCGUGCGCGGAAAUUCAAUGUCGAGCUCUCCAAGCAGAUGUUCAUCGACAGCGAGAAGUGGCGGGCAUCUUACGCGGGUGUGGGCGUCGAGGAGCUAGUUCGCACCUUUGACUACCCGGAGAGGCCCCAGAUCUUCAAGUACUAUCCGCAGUACUACCACAAGACAGACAAGGAUGGCCGCCCCGUCUACAUUGAGCAGCUCGGUAACGUCGACCUCACCGCCAUGGCUAAGAUCACUUCGCAAGAACGCAUGAUCCAGAAUCUCGUUUGCGAAUACGAGAAGAUGGCCGACCCGCGCCUGCCCGCCUGCUCGCGCAGGUCUGGCUACCUCCUCGAGACGUCGUGCUCCAUCAUGGACCUCAAGGGCGUCGGCAUCGCAAAGGCCACCUCCGUCUACGGCUACCUCCAAGCUGUGUCCGCCAUCUCGCAGAAUUACUACCCUGAGCGCCUCGGCAAGAUGUACGUCAUCAACGCGCCGUGGGGCUUUUCGGGCGUCUGGGGCGUCGUCAAGCGUUUCCUCGACCCCGUCACCGUCAACAAGAUCCACAUCCUUGGCAGCGGCUACCAGAAGGAACUGAUCGCUCAGGUCCCCGCUGAGAACCUGCCCAAGCAAUUUGGCGGAAGCUGUGAAUGCCCUGGAGGCUGCGCGUUGAGCGAUGCAGGGCCGUGGCAGGAUGCGCAGUGGGCGAAACCGCCCAAGUGGGCGAAGAAGGAGGACAGCAAGGAUGUUAUUGAUAAUACGAAGAUCGCGCCGCCCACCGAAGGCGCUGGUCAGCAGCCGUUGACGGGCGCUGGUCCUGAGGGCGUGGAGCCCGCUGCUGCUCCGGCCUCGGCUGUGAACCCUAACACUGCGAACUCGGCAUAA